GAGAUACUACUAGGUAGUCAUUCUACCAAUUCUGUUUGAUCCUUUGAAUUCAAUACUGGUAAACUGUUGUACAUCAUCAUUCAAUACCUACUUCCUACCAUCAGUCUACGGCCCUUCCAAAAACCCUACACCCUACACCCUACACCGUUCCACCUCCCCCAUUUCUGCAUUCUUAUUAUCCCAACUUGUUGGUACAUGCUACUGCACCCCGCUGAGAACGAUACAGGAUACAAAUUACUCUACAAAAACAGGGCCCUGCGAAACAAGAACAGGCCAAUUUCUUCGGCUGGAUAUACGGACACUCCGGAUACCUGUGGGAACGUGGAAGGAAGUGUCGAUAACAACGAAUGCUUACAAAUUAUCUGUAUCUUACAAGUGACAGUACAGUCCACCUACAGCACCGCGUCCGAAACACCAAAACUGUCAAAUCGCUCUUUAUCCCGCAAGUCAGUAUAGAUCUAACUUGGCUUUACCCGUUGAUCCAAAAGGCUUCCCCUCUUUAGGUCAUCUCAUCUGACCGCUAUCUCCGAAUCUCGCCCUACAGAUCCCCUCCCAUCUUUGAAUAUUGCUUGGGGGUUACACAUCAACCGUUCAAAGACGCAGGUGCACAACUAUCUCGUGUGACCCUAUCAUCGCUGUGUCGAAUCACCGCAGAUAUUGUCAAUCAUCAUUCAUUCAUCAUUCAAUUCUCAGCCCCGGGGUUUCCCAUAUCACAACACAUCACAUCGCAUUAGCUACAUUACAAUUGCAUGUCUUUUUCGUUUAGGUCAUCUGAAAUUGUCUCGUCUUAUCAUUCGAGAUUUGUGAAUUUGAUCGGCCGACAUAUGUCUCGUCCUUCCAUGCCGAUGCUGUUACUAAGACCUUAAUUCACAACUGUCCUUUUCUGGAACUUUGAUAUCAAGCGCGUCUCGUACUAUACCUCAUAUCGACUUACAUACAUAUUGUACGACCAGGUAGCCUUUUUCGCGGCAAAUUUGAUCAUCUUCCCCGAUACGAAGCUAAUUGUGAAGGGAUUCUUUGACACGCUUGAUGCAACCGACUGUACUUACAACCUGCAUCUAAAUUACGCUCGACUGCAUCUUACCGACCCUGCACUACUGCAAAGCAGUAUUACGCUACCUGCUAUUCACACCCACACUCACACGCGCAUUUGAAAUCUUCCUAUUGCCAUUCCCCUUGUUUUGCCCACAUACGAGCUUGUCUAAGAUUGUCUUGGUUGGAAGAUUUACAGAUUUUGAUGCCCACUGAACCUGCAGACUAAUCAAGCAAAACCAAGCCGAAGUACGCCGCCCCCGCCGUACGCACACGCGUUAUCCACAAUAACAAUAAUGAGCCUGACAUCUAACCCACCGUCAUCCGGCGGCCCAUCCUCGAUCUCCGCAUCUAGAACUCAAAUAAAAAGAUCUGUUCAAGCUGUUUUUGAAGGUACAGCUGAAAGAUCAGCCAAUCCUAACUUGGGCUACCAAAGUAAAGUUCGAGUUAUUGAUCGAUAUAAAGUCAUUGGUUUCAUUAGUUCUGGUACAUAUGGACGAGUUUAUAAAGCAGUUGGGCGAGAUGGACGACCUGGGGAAUUUGCCAUUAAGAAAUUUAAACCAGAUAAGGAAGGGGAACAAAUCCAAUAUACGGGUAUUUCACAAUCAGCAGUUCGAGAGAUGGCACUGUGUUCAGAAUUGAGUCACAUGAAUGUCAUCCGACUCAUUGAAAUUAUUCUUGAAGACAAGUGUAUCUUCAUGGUGUUUGAAUAUGCCGAACAUGACCUUCUUCAGAUUAUCCAUCAUCAUACUCAACCUACUCGCCAUCCCAUUCCUGCUCCAACAGUUAAAUCCAUCAUGUUUCAACUUCUCAAUGGCUGCCAAUACCUUCAUGCGAAUUGGGUACUUCAUCGUGAUCUCAAGCCUGCCAAUAUCAUGGUAUCCUCUGCAGGGGAAGUGAAAAUUGGCGAUUUGGGACUUGCUCGACUUUUCAACAAACCAUUGCAUUCUCUUUUCUCUGGUGACAAAGUUGUAGUUACGAUAUGGUAUCGAGCCCCGGAACUCCUACUAGGUUCAAAGCAUUACACUCCGGCCAUUGAUAUGUGGGCUAUUGGGUGCAUUUUUGCCGAACUCCUUUCCCUCAGACCAAUAUUUAAAGGCGAAGAAGCGAAGAUGGAUAGUAAGAAAACGGUACCAUUCCAGAGGAAUCAAAUGCAAAAGAUUGUCGACAUAAUGGGACUACCAACUAAGGAAAAAUGGCCACAUCUGGUACACAUGCCGGAAUACUCGCAACUUUCCACUCUCUCAGCUAGUGGACAUGCAAAAGCUGGAUACUCGAGUUUGGAGAAGUGGUAUUAUCAAACCAUAAAUUCAUCCCCCACUUCGGUUCCAGUAUCGAAUUCGAGUCUAGGUGGUGAGGGGUACAAACUAUUGAGCAGCUUACUUGAAUAUGACCCUGAAAAACGAUUAACAGCGCAAGCAGCAUUAACACAUCCAUUUUUCAGUACAGGGGAUAAAGUUAGUGCCAACGUCUUCGAGGGGGUCAAAACAGAAUAUCCGCACAGGAGGGUUAGUCAGGAUGAUAAUGAUAUUCGAACGGGAAGUUUACCUGGCACAAAGAGGAGUGGGCUACCGGACGAUUCAAGACCAGCGAAAAGAUUGAAGGAAUAA